AUGGGGAAAGCACUUAGUACAUUCAUCAAGGCUUUACUAAUAGAACCCCCUAGUCUCUCUUUGGACGAUUUUGCUAGAGCCCUCAGACUAAUUUUCGAUGGCGAGGCCAACGAUAUAGAGACUGCCUCUUUUCUUACAGCCAUUCGGCUGAGGAAGAUCGACUUCGACUCCGAGUUCAUCGCCACUGCUGUCGAAACCAUUUUGGAGUACUCUGAUACCAUUGAUGCAUCUUCUGUUGCAAGAGAAGGUUAUAUUGACAUUGUUGGCACUGGUGGUGACUCGCAGAAUACCUUCAAUGUCUCCACAUCUGCUGCCAUUGUCGGUGCAGGGAUGGGAUUGAAAGUAUGCAAACAUGGAGGUAAAGCAUCAACGUCCACUUCAGGUUCCGGUGAUCUCAUGUCCGAGUUGGGGGUCAAAUUAAUGAAGGUAAAUGCUGAAACUACUCCUAUCAUUGUUGGAGAUUCGAAUUUAUGUUUUCUAUUUGCCCCUGCUUUUCACCACGGAAUGGGGAAAGUGGUCAAUGUGAGGAAGAAUUUGGGAAUCCCAACUAUUUUCAACAUUCUUGGCCCUCUUUUGAACCCAAUUCCGCUCAAGGCUCGAAUUUUGGGUGUCUACACUGAGACUUUGGGAGAAACUUACUGCAAAGCCGCUAUCAAAUCCGACAAGAAGAAAGGCCGGGUUCCAGCAAACACUAUGGUGGUGUACGGAGAGAUCGGAUUAGACGAGAUUUCUCCUAUUGGAAAGACCAAAGUAUGGAAGUACAAUAAAACAAACGAUUCUAUAGACACUUUCACGAUUUCUCCAGAAGAUUUUGGUUUACCGGAGCAUUCUUUGGACUUGGUGCGAUCUGGACUUGCUGUUGAAAAUGCCAGGGUUCUCAAAGACAUCUUGAGUAAUAAAGUCGACACCUUACCUGGGCAUAAUCCUCUCGUUGACUACAUAUUACUGAAUGCUUCAGCACUUGCUGUGGUGGGAGGACUUACAAAUGAUUGGAAACAAGGUGUCAAACUUGCCAGCGAUGCAAUUAUUUCUGGGGCUGCUCUUAGGGCCUUGGACACAUUUGUUGCAAGUGUUGAUCGCUUGUAG